AUGUCGAUGUUGUUAGGGUGUCGCCGAAGCGGCGGUGGGGGCGACGGUGGCGGCGACAGCGGCGCCUGCAGCGGCGGAGGCGACGGUUGUGGCGGCACUGGCGGCGCCUACACCAGCGACCGAGGCGACGGCAGUGGCGACGGUGGCGGCGACGGCGGCGCCUGCAGCGACGGCGGCGGCGGCGGAGGCGAUGACUGCGGCGGCGGAGGCGAUGACUGCGGCGGCGGCGGCGGCGUUGAUGUCAACGCCGCGCCACCACCACCGCCGGCACACAGCGAUCCAGUUCUCGAGUCUCUGUUAUGUAAUCGCGUAGAUAACUGGUUAUCAUUUACAUAG